ACGGAAUGACCGCCUCUAGUCUAGCCGUUCAAGGUCGUUGAAACGAAAGGGCGGGUACAUUUCAGAACGACCUAACGUUUAAACCUUGCCGCGGCCGAGUUCGUGUUUCGUUGGUGAGUUUAACAGGUAUCUUCCCGCAUUUGUACUGGGACAAGAUGCUACAAGACACACUCUCAAUCAUAUGCAUAUCUUUUUUCACAGCAUUUUUGGGAGAAGGCUUAACAUGGCUUUUCGUAUACAGAACAGAAAAAUACCAAAAACUGAAAGCUGAGGUAGACAAGCAAUCUAAGCGUUUAGAGAAGCAACGAGAUGUUACGGAGUCAGCUAUAGAUCGCACUGCCAAAAAGCGUUUAGAGAAGCAAGAAGAGCGAUUCAAAAACAUUAAUCGGGAGUUAUCUAUGGUUAAAAUGAAAUCUAUGUUUGCAGUCGGACUUAUAUUCACUUCAUUAUUCAAUGUUUUCAGUAGUAUGUUUGAUGGACGUGUUGUAGCCAAAUUGCCGUUUGUCCCUUUCUCAUGGAUUCAAGGACUAUCUCAUAGAAAUCUCCCAGGCAGUGAUUUCACAGAUGCUUCUUUUGUCUUUGUGUAUAUAUUGUGUACAAUGUCAAUCCGACAGCUUUUUAUUGUCCUCAAUAUUUAGACAAAUACAUCCACAUCUCAUUCCAUGCAUUAUCUAAAAAGGACUUUAGUUAUUCUACUUUUAUAUUUUAAUAUUCGUAUUUGUUCUUCGUUUCUAAUUAUAAACAUGUCAUCUUAUUUCUCUAUGUAUUAAUUUACCAUAUUCUAUUCUUUCUACUAAGUAUAUUUUUAAAUAUUUGAACCCUAGAUGUUCACUGAACUUUCUAGAAUAAGUUAUUUACCAUAAAUAUAGCUAAAGGAGAAAAAAACUGUUAUCCAAGUUUUGUUCAAUGUACUUUGUUUCGAUAGAAUAAACUGAUGCCGUAAUUAGUUGUGAUUAUUAAUCUUUCAAAAAAAAACCCAUUUUGACUACUCAUUUGAUCUGGCCAUCAAGCCAUUAUCGGCCUAAUUUUUAAUUGUACAGUGUGAUUUGGAUUUUGACAAGUCUAUGAUAUGACAAGUUUUCGUAUGAGUAAAUUA